AUGUCGUUCCUCCGACAAACAUACCUCYCUCUCCUCCCAUUCCUCCUCCCCUCCACUCUUUCGCAAUUCGUCCCUGUUCCUACGUCUCUCAGCAAUGCUACAGGUUUCUUGGACAUUCCCGUUCGCUGGAAACUCGUUCCAAAUGGAACUUGUGAACUUACACCCGGCAUCAAGUCAUACUCGGGCUAUGUCGACGUUGCACCAUCGCAAUCCGUCUUUUUCUGGUUUUUCGAAGCUCGCGAAACGCCCCCAGAGGAGAGCGAAUUGACCGUGUGGAUCAACGGCGGGCCGGGUUCGAGCUCGAUGAUUGGUCUUUUCGAAGAAUUGGGGCCUUGCAGGAUCGCAGAGGAUGGGAGUGUUGUUUAUAAUCCGCAUGCGUGGAAUCGGAAGAGUAACAUGCUCUUCAUUGACCACCCAGCUCAGGUCGGCUUCUCGUACUCCAAUCCAAUCCCAGCUUACGAAUCCUCAUCAGGGAGCAUCGUUCAACUCCCAGACGCCACUUGCCCAGACUACGCACCAGCGGGAUCAUGCGGGACGUACUCUGCACCCAACACGACCAACACAGCCAAUUCCACCCUCUCUGCCGCUCCCAGCAUGUGGCGGACCCUUCAGGGCUUCAUGGGUGCAUUCCCACAAUACUCCCGCUCCGACUUCAACUUCGCCACCGAAUCCUACGGAGGUCACUACGGUCCCAUCUUCAACUCUUAUCUUGAAUCACAAAACGCUCUCGUCGACUCAGGAUCCCUCCCAGGCGCCAAACACAUCAAUUUGAAGACCCUCCUCAUCGGUAACGGCUGGUAUGAUCCUCUGGUCCAGUAUGCCGCCUUCUACAACUUCACCGUCUACCCAGGCAACACCUACGACUACACACCCUACAACAAAUCAAUCGAAGCAAUGCUCUACAAUAACAUGUACGGUCCUGGAAACUGCUACGACCAAACCGUCGAUUGCGCGAAUCGCGGGAUAAACUCAAUCUGCAUUGCUGCCGACAACUUUUGUGCGAGCGAAGUAGAAAGCGUAUUGGACAACAUCCCCACGAGAGACGAAUACGACAUCCGUGAAUUGACUCCCGAUCCCUUCCCACCAAGAUACUACGAACGCUACCUCAACUCACCCAAAGUCCAAGAUGCUGUGGGAGCUUUUGUGAAUUUUACCGCGGGUUCAAGCACCGUGAGCUCAGCAUUCAGCUCCACAGGCGACGAUGACCGUGAGGUCGGAACCGUUUCCGCAAUGCGCAAGCUCGUAGAGCAGGGAAUCUACGUCAUCAUGUUCGCCGGCGAUGCGGAUUACAAUUGCAACUGGCUGGGGAACGAAGUCAUUGCCGAAAGGAUAUCCGCUCCGGGAUUCCAAGACGCCGGAUACACCAACAUCUCCACCUCCGAUGCCAUCGUCCACGGACAAGUUAAACAAUCCGGCAACUUUGCUUUUGCGAGAAUCUACGAAAGUGGCCACGAAGUUCCCUUUUACCAACCCGUUGUCGCGUUGGAGAUGUUUGAACGAGGCAUCGCAGGAAUGGAUGUUGCGGAGGGGAAGAAUGGAUGUUUCGAGGGAGGGUAUAAGAGUGUUGGGACGGAGAAGAGUUUGUACAGAGAAGGAAAUGCAACUAUGCAGUUUGAAGUGCUGCCCAGCAAUUCUACGUACAAUACUACGUUGAAUGGGCCGAAUCCUGUGGCGGAGAAGAGGAUGGAGGAAGGGGGAGCGAAGAGGGAGUUGAAGGAGAGGAAGAGGAAGAGGGCUUUCAAGCCGGUUUAUUUGCCGGUUUAG